GGACCAGCUCCCCUUCUGCCCCUCAGCAGGCUUCAUGUGGAUGCUGACACUAGGUGGGGUUUUCCUGGCAGCCACCCAGGCUUGUAUCUUUUGUCGCCUCCCAGGCCAUGACUUACCAGGCCGUCUGGCUCGGCUCACCAGCCAGAUGGAGGCCGAGUGGAAGGAAUGGGCCUCUCCAGACUUUUCAGCCUUUGCCUUAGAUGAGGUGACAAUGAACAAAGUCACAGAAAAGACUCACAGAGUCCUGAGGGUCAUGGAGAUCAAAGGGUCCAUCUCCUCACUCCCUUCGUAUUGGCAGUGGCUACAAAGGACCAAGAUCCCUCAGUACACCAGGGAAGCUCUCUGUGCUCCUGCCUGCCCGCUGCUUCUGCUAUCUCCUGCAGGGGGCAGCACCAUUCUGUACAACUGCUCUACCUGCGAGGGCACCGAGGCCUCCUGUUGGCCCCGAAAACGCUGCCUGCCAGGAAGUCAUGAUCUAUGGGAAGCCAGGAUUCUGCUCUUAACUGUCUUCGGAGCUGUUCUGCUUCUGGGUGCUCUGAGCCUCCUGGUGGAGAACGGCCAUCUCCAAGCAAAAGGUGACUUGUGAAGAAGCUCUGAGGAGCAGAUAUCUACAGUGUUCACUGGCUGAGAAUCAGCCAUGCCUUAGUCCCAGCCCCAAAGACGCAGUCUUCUAAAGCCUAAAACCUAGAUGUCCCAAGAUCAAUUCUAGCAUCAGAUGCCCUCCAGGGACCCAGAGACCCUUGUCUGGAAAAUUCCUCUCC